AUGAGUGCCAGGGCCACACGGCCCCGAAGCCGGCGAGGGAGACACGCUCUGCCCGGUGAGCUGGACCCUGUGGCAGAGAGUUCAGAGGAGGCUGAGGCAGCCAGUGGGAGCUCUGAGCCAGGCCCUGUGGCAUCUCAAGACAGCGCCAAGCUGGAACUGCUGGGCCCUGAGGUGGAGGCCAAAGGGCAGGGCUUGGAGAGCAGGACUGACAAAGAAGUUGAUGGGGACACUAGCAGGGGACCAGCCCCAGACCCCGAGGGGCGGCCCCAUGAGGAAACCCACCAGGCCCCAGAGGCAGCCCCACAGGAUGGGGAGAGCGUCCCCUCUGGACCUGAUGUAUUUCAGACUCUCCAGCAAGCGCUGAGCUCUCUGGAAGCAGCUGCUGCUGCCUGGCGCCACCGUCCCCCAAACUGUCCUGGGCCAGUGGAGGCAAAGGACAGAAGCCAGGGGGCACCAAAGCCCUGUUUGGAGCAGGAGGGGGCUGGGAGCUGCCAGCGGGAGGCAGCCAGAUUGGCUGAAAGGAACGCCUGGCUGCGUUUGGCCCUGGGCAGCCGGGAGGAUGAGCUGAUCCGCACACAGAACUCCCUGAAGGCCUUCCAGGCUGAGAAGGAGAUGCUGCAGAGAGAGGUCCAGGAGCUGCAGGAUUCCCUGCUGAGGCUGGAGCCCUUUCCACCUCCUUCCUGUGACCAAGCAGGUGGCUCAGGUAGUGGUUCCAGCAGCUCUGGGGCUGAUGGAGAGACCUGGGGCUCACAGGAUCCCUUCUCCCGGGCUCACCCCCUGCUCCGGCGCCUGCAGAGUGAUUCCAGCACCAAGAUGCUUGGGUCUCUCCCAACCCAGCCCCUUGCUCCUGAGAUGCACAUCAUGGAAGCCCAGAUGGAGCAACUCCGAGGGAAAACUGAGAAGCUCAAAUGCUUCAACCGCCUGCUGUCAGCUGUGCUCCAGGAGUACAAGGGCCGGUGUGAGGGCCUCAGCAUGCAGCUGGGUCAGCGGGAGGCUGAGGCCACUGCACUGCGUCUGGCCUUGCAGUAUAGUGAACACUGUGAGGAGGCAUAUGGAGCCUUACUCACUCUCCGGGAGGCAGACUCAGGAGUUGGAAAAGAAGCCUUCAUGGAUGACUUGGAGGCAGCUGAGAAGGAAGCUCAGAGGCUCCUAGCCCAGGAGAAGGCUGCCAUGGAUGGAGUGACACUGCAGGAUCCAUAUCCAAGUCCCGAAGGCAGCAGUGUGGAUAGGCCCACAUCACAGGAGGUGGCUACCCAGCUCCUGGGCUAUGUUCAGCGUCUCCAGGAACGCCGUGCUCUGGUCAAGAUUCCCCCCGAACCUGGCUCCACCUGGGUGCCCAUAUCUACCGUGCCCCAUGCAGAAGCCAUGGUGCAGGCCAUUCUGGGGACCCAGCCUGGCCCAGCCCUGCCCCGGCUGGAGAAGAUGCAGAUCCAGCAGGACCUGGCGGCCACACGGGAGACUCUGGCGGACCUGAUGCUGCGGCUACAGCUGGUGCGGCGGGAAAAGUGGGCUCUGGAACUGCGGGAGGCUGCCCUCCGAGCCCAGGGCCCAGCCCAUGUGCUCCUGCUGGAGCAGCUGCGCUGGGAGCGGGCACAGCUUCGGACUGGCGGGGCCAACAGCAGUGGUGGAGACAGCAGUGGAGGUGGGAGCAGCGGAGAGGAGGAGGAGUGGUCCCAGGGUCCUCCUGCCGCCCCUGGUGGCAGCAGGGGUACUGAUGGAGGCCAAGUGAGCAAAGUGCAGGACCCAGAAGAACUGACCCAGGAACUGUCAGCAUCACUCACUCGGGCUCUGGGCCUGCGGGAGCAGCUGCAGUCUCUGCGGGAAGAGCUAGAAGAGGUGGCUCGGAAGGGACGAGCCAGACGUGCUCAGAGUACUGAGCUGAACAGUGAUUUAUGCAAAGCUCACAGCACCUUGGUCAUGGCCUUCCGAGGUGCCCACCGGAAGCAGGAAGAGCAACGGCGGAAGCUGGAGCAGCAGAUGACACUGAUGGAAGCCCGACAGGCAGAGGAGCUGGCCGUGCUAGAAGCCACCGAAAGGGCCCUGGGGAGGUCCAGACUUCCCUGCCCGCCUUCCCGGCCUGGGGAGACCUUUCUCUAG